AUGCCGGGAGCCUGGCCGAGGAGAAGGGCCUGCGCUGUCAGAACCCCGACUGCAUGGACAAGGGGCGGGCGGCCAAGGUAUGCCACCACGCCGACUGCCAGCAGCUGCACCGCCGGGGACCCCUCAACCUCUGCCAAGCCUGUGACAGCAAGUUCCACAGCGCCAUGCAUUAUGACGGGCACGUCCGCUUCGACCUGCCCCCGCAAGGCUCUGUCCUGGCCCGGAACGUGUCCACGCGGUCAUGCCCCCCACGCACCAGCCCUGCAGUGGACCUGGAGGAGGAGGAGGAAAGCUCAGUGGACGGCAAAGGGUAGGUGAGGGGAAGGUGGGCGAGAAGACACUGCGGGGAAAAAGGGGGGCACAAGAAGCUGAGACCCAUGUCCUCUCAGGGACCCCAAGCAAAGGAGUGCUUCACCCUGAAAUUUACCCUGAAUGUGGACAUCGAGACGGAGAUUGUGCCCGGCCACACAGCUCCCGUCUGGGGCAGGGAGGUGCUGCUGCCCAUAUUUGAAAGGAAGGGCAUCGCACUGGGCAAAGUGGACAUCUACCUGGACCAGUCCAACACCCCCCUGUCCCUCACCUUCGAGGCCUACAGGUUCGGGGGACACUAUCUGCGGGUCAAAGCCAAGCCGGGGGACGAGGGGAAGGUGGAGCAGGGAGUGAAGGACUCCAAGUCCCUGAGUCUGCCCAUCCUGCGGCCAGCCGGAGCCGGGCCCCCGGGCCUGGAGCGCGCGGACCCCCAGAGCCGCCGGGAGAGCCUGGACAUCCUGGCCCCUGGCCGCCGCCGCAAGAACAUGUCAGAGUUCCUGGGAGAGGCGAGCAUCCCUGGGCAGGAGCCCCCCGCGCCCUCCAGCUGCUCGCUGCCCAGCGGCAGCAGCGGCGGCGGCAAUGACAGCUGGAAGAACCGCGCCGCCAGUCGCUUCAGCGGCUUCUUCAGCUCGGGCCCCAGUGCCAGCGUCUUCGGCCGGGAAGUGGACAAGAUGGAGCAGCUGGAGGGCAAGCUGCACGCCUACGGCCUCUUUGGGCUGCCCCGGCUGCCCCGGAGGCUUCGCUUCGACCAUGACUCGUGGGAGGAGGAGGGGGACGAGGAAGAGGAUGAGGACGAUGCCUGCCUGUGGCUGGAGGACAGCUGGCGGGACCUCAUUGAUGGGCAUGAGAAGCUGACCCGGAGGCAGUGCCACCAGCAGGAGGCGGUGUGGGAGCUCCUGCACACGGAGGCCUCCUACAUUAAGAAACUGCGGGUGAUCACGAACGUGAGUGGGGCCCAGAGCCACCCCAUCUGCUCCCUUUGGGUGCCCCUCUCCCCCAGAAGAGUUAGGGCAGUGGGAAAGGACAGCAAGAUGGAUGUGUACUGCUUCCUCUUCACGGACCUGCUCUUGGUGACCAAGGCAGUGAAGAAGGCUGAGAGGACCAAGGUCAUCAGGCCACCACUGCUGGUGGACAAGAUCGUGUGCCGGGAGCUGCGGGACCCUGGCUCCUUCCUCCUCAUCUACCUGAACGAGUUCCACAGCGCCGUGGGGGCCUACACGUUCCAGGCCAGCGGGCAGGCUCUGUGCCGGGGCUGGGUGGACUCCAUUUACAAUGCCCAGAACCAGUUGCAGCAGCUGCGUGCGCAGGAGCACGGGGGCAGCCAGCAGCACCUGCAGAGCCUGGAGGAGGAGGAGGAUGAGCAGGAGGACGAGGAGGAAGACGAGGAGGAUGAGGAGGGUGGGGAGAGUAGCACUUCCGCCGCCAGCUCCCCCACCAUCCUGCGCAAAAGCAGCAACAGCCUGGACUCCCAGCACUGGUACGCUUGCCAGGACCCCCAGCAGAAGGAGGCCCCCAAGGUGCCACUGACCACGGACAGCAGACAGCAGGCCUCCGUGGGGGUGCGGCCCCCGCUCCAGCUGCUGCCUGUGUGCGCACAAGCCGAGUGCCGGGCGGGACCCCUGCCGCCGCUGGGCCGUUUGCACUUGGCAGGACUGGAUGGAGAUGAGGAGGGUUCGGCAGAGGCCCAGGCUCAGGAUGGCCCCCACAGUCCCCACCGUCACUAA